GACGCCGUCGACGUCACAUCCGGCGUCUGCCCCGCUAUCACCGCUGAAGUUCGCCGUUGAACUUGCUAUGCCUGCUGGGCUGUGGAGCACAGAGCGGAACCAGCGGACCCCUUUGGCUCUCAGGGACGGUGACAUCAGCGAGUCGGGCUAACGGGGCUUCCUCUGCGGACACCGGUGCGCGAUGUUCUCCCUGUCGAUGUCGGUCCAGCCUCAGGUGACUCUGCCUCUCAGUCACCUCAUCAACAUCCUUCACCCCCUGAAGAGUCCAGUGGGAACCAGCAGCAGCGGUGCCGCCUGCAAGUCAAGGAAACACAAGGAGCAUGCCCCGGAUUCAGAUGUGCGGUGCACAGAGCAUGCGCUGCCCGUGUGGAACCUACGGGAGCUCGGUCUUUCCGACCUUGGAACGCAGCAGCUGGAUGAGCUGGUGAGCCACGUGUUGCCGCACCUGAACCCGCAGGAAGUGUCCCGUCCAGCCUGGGGACAGUCGGCAUGGAGGACCUCGCAUCGCUCCUCCGCCUCCUUCUUCCACAAUAAGCACGGCUUUUCAUUGGGCCCCGUGCCCCUGGUGACCCCUGUGUUCUCAAACAAGCCCCUUUCACCCCUGCAGACAGUGUGCACAGAGCUAAAACACUGGCCAGUGACAUUUCAGAGCCGUGGCUUUAAAACUUUAAGGAGCAAAACCAGGCGGGUGCAGUCGGCCUUCGAGCGGCCCGUGGACCCCGAGACUUUUGCGCCGUCUUUUAUGAAGGGUUUCCUUUCGCGCGACAAGGGGCUGGACGCCGAAAGUGUCGACGGUCUGCUGAAGAACAAGAACAUACCCGACGGACAGCAGGAGGCUUUCAAGAGGGGCUUCGCCGAGGGCUUCCUCAAAGCUCAGGCCCUGACGCAGCGCACUCAAGACUCUCUGAGGAGAACCCGUCUGAUCCUGCUGGUGCUGCUUCUUGUCGGGCUCUAUGGCAUCUCUAAGACUCCUUUCAUAUCGGUGCGCUUCCGAACAACAACAGGCCUGGACUCGGCAGUGGACCCGGUGCAGAUGAAAAACGUGACAUUUGAGCAUGUGAAAGGGGUCGAAGAGGCAAAAAAUGAGCUUCAGGAAGUGGUGGAGUUCCUGAAGAACCCACAGAAGUUCACAGCCCUGGGAGGAAAGCUGCCAAAGGGUGUUCUGCUGGUUGGUCCUCCGGGGACUGGAAAGACUCUGCUGGCCAGAGCAGUGGCCGGAGAGGCGGAUGUGCCGUUUUACUACGCCUCCGGUUCAGAGUUUGAUGAGAUGUUUGUCGGCGUCGGAGCGAGUCGCAUCAGGAACCUUUUCAGGGAGGCAAAGGCUAACGCUCCUUGUGUGAUCUUCAUUGAUGAGCUGGACAGCGUGGGAGGCAAGAGGAUCGAGUCUCCUAUGCACCCUUACUCCAGACAGACCAUCAACCAGCUGCUUGCUGAGAUGGACGGGUUUAAGCCAAAUGAGGGGGUGAUCAUCAUCGGAGCAACUAACUUCCCAGAGGCUCUGGAUAAUGCGCUGAUCCGCCCGGGACGAUUUGACAUGCAGGUGACCGUACCCAAACCAGACGUGAAGGGGCGGACAGAGAUCCUCAACUGGUACCUGAAGAAGAUUAAAGUAGAUCCGGCCAUUGAGGCCAACCUUAUAGCCAGAGGAACGGUCGGAUUCUCUGGCGCCGAUCUGGAAAAUCUGGUCAACCAGGCCGCCCUGAAGGCAGCGGUUGACGGCAAAGACAUGGUCACUAUGAAGGAGCUGGAGUUCGCUAAAGACAAAAUUCUCAUGGGCCCCGAGAGAAGGAGCGCAGAGAUAGACAACAAGAACAAGCUCAUCACGGCAUACCAUGAAUCCGGCCACGCCAUCGUAGCGUACUACACCAAAGACGCCAUGCCCAUCAACAAGGCCACCAUCAUGCCCAGAGGCCCAAGUCUGGGACACGUGUCCAUGCUGCCAGAGAACGACCGGUGGAGCGAGACUCGUUCUCAGCUCCUGGCUCAGAUGGACGUCAGUAUGGGCGGCCGGGUGGCCGAGGAGAUUAUAUUUGGCCACGAGAACAUCACAACAGGAGCAUCGAGUGACUUUGAUGGUGCCACCAGGAUUGCGAAGAUGAUGGUGACCAGAUAUGGGAUGUGUGAGAAGUUAGGCGUGAUGACCUACUCCGACCUGACAGCGCAAAGUCCAGAGACACAAGCUGCCGUGGAGCAUGAGGUCCGGGUUCUUCUGAAGGACUCCUACGAGCGUGCCAAAGCGCUGUUAAAGUCUCACGCCAAGGAGCACAAGAACCUGGCGGAUGCUCUGCUCAUGUACGAGACGCUGGACGCCAAAGAGAUUCAGCAGGUCCUGGAGGGCAAAACGCUGGAGACCAGAUAGAACCGGCAGGGAGGAACACACGUGGGGAGGGGAGGGGGGGGUAUUUUAUGGAGGAAAAAGUGCUCCACUUUAUAUCCUCAUGAUUUCAUGGAAUCUCCCAAACAAGUUAUGGUAAUAAUUAAAGCAACAACACAACUUCUUUGUGCGUUAGGAUGCAAGCUGACUGAAAUAGCGCAGAUUGAUAGAUGCAGACAUAUUUUGGCCCUUCUGGUAACGAUGUGUGAAAAAGGCUUAGAAAAUAUUAUUUUUCUUCGUUUGUUUUCUUUUGCAGGGGUAUAAUCUAACCUUGAUAAUAGCUGGAAAUAAUCAGCCCUCAGAUUAAUUACAGCCCAGGUGGUUAAUGCCAUUUUUUUUUGUUACUAUUUUAAGGGUGACGCUAAUGCAAGGCCUUUCAAAAUAGAUGCAAAUUAAAACCUCAAAAAAAUGGAAGUAUAUCACACAAACAUUGAUCUUUUAUCAACCACUAUUGCUUUCAUUUGUUUAUUCCAUAGUAAAUAAAUCUAUGAAAUUUUAGACAUUAUUUAAAAUAAGUCCUCCCUUUUUUUGUUUUUUGCAAACAUGAGAUUACUUUCUUGGUUUAAAAUAUGUAAGUUUAUUGUCGAGCAAGUAAAAAUUCAGUUCACCUUCAAAU